AUGACGCUACGCAAGACGCUCAACGAAGCUGCGAUAAGACUGCGAGUCGAUGGCAAGCGACGUCAUAAAAGAUUCCAAGAUUUCCACGUCGUCGACGUUAAGGCGGGCGCUGGCGGCAACGGCGCUGUUGCCUUCACCAAGACGCCUACGGGAUUAGGGCCGCCGACCGGUGGCUCAGGUGGUUCUGGUGGCUCUGUGACUUUCUCCCCCAACGCCAAACUGAACAGCCUCCACACGAUCCCAUCCAAGAUCCGCGCUGCCAACGGCGCAUCAGGCAGCGGGGAUGGCCGUUUAGGCAAGCGUGGGGCUGAUACAGUCAUCGAUAUCCCCCCAGGCACCGUUAUCCGCGAGCUGUGGCGGUGUGCGCCUCCGCCGCGCGAAGACAGGAACUGCAGCCAAGACGAAGACACACUCACGCAAUUGCGUAGAGACAGGGCUUGGCUACACUAUCCAGGCAUGGAGGAGGCUAAUUCCACCCACCCUCUCUUCCUCGACGCCGACAAAGAAUUGCGUAGGAGUGAAAAUCUGCAGCUGAAACGCUAUAACCCACAGCACGAGCAGGAGCACGCACUCGAAGUGGAUAUAUCCGAUGAUAAGUCCCCUCAUCUCAUCGUCUCAGGUGGUCUCGGCGGUGUCGGCAACCCCGCUUUCGUCACCCAUCAACACAGGUCACCCAAGUUCGCCCGCAAAGGCCAGCCGGGUGGACAUGUCAAGCUGAGUCUCGAAAUGAAGCUUCUCGCUCAUGUCGGACUGGUGGGACUGCCGAAUGCAGGCAAGAGCAGCAUCCUCGCUGCUAUCACCAGCUCCAAGACCAAAGUCGCCAACUACGCCUUCACGACGCUCAAGCCUGAGAUUGGUGUCGUCGGUGCUGACGGUGAGGGUGAAGGUGAGGGCGCUAAAGAUGCACUCACACCCUCGCACAGAUUCACUAUCCUCGAUAACCCCGGCCUGAUUGCUGAUGCGGCGCUCAACAAGGGCCUCGGACACACUUUCCUGCGCAGUGUCGAGCGCGCUCUCGUGCUCGUGUUUGUUGUCGAUCUUUCCUCACUUCACCCCCUCACACACUUGCACACCCUGAUACACGAACUGAACGAGUACAAAAGCGGUCUGGCCAGGGCUGGGACGGUGAUUGUCGCAAACAAGGCUGAUUUACUGGGUGGUGAUGAGCAGCAGAAUGCACAAGCCAAACACCGUCUCUCGCAGUUUACAGAUGGUGUGCAGUGUUUAAUCGAGGGCGGCACUCUCGAUCCGUCUACUACCAUCAUACCUAUUUCAGCGAAACAUGAGGUUAAUUUGGAUAAGCUCAAACGGACACUUGGCGAGAGAGUGAGACGGAGGCAAGUGGAGGAGGUGAGUUAG